UUAUUGGUUCUAAUAUGAUAUUUAAGAAAAAGCCUUUUGCGAUAUUCUAUCUGGUUAUUCUUUUGGUCAACAACUCUCGUUUUCUUUUAGUAGAAGGAGACGAUUCGCAGUGCUGGUCCCUGAAUGGUAGAUGUCAAUAUAGCGGUACAUCAGAAAAAUGUUUCCUAUUUAAACCAGGAUUAUGUGCUGGGCCUGCUAAUAGACAAUGUUGUGUUUUGGGAGCGGAUGUUCAAUGUUGGAGGACAGGUGGCAUUUGCAAAGAUAAUUCGAACUACUGCAGUGGCAGAUAUCUGAGAGGUCUAUGUGGCGGGGGUUUGUCUCGCCAAUGUUGUGUUUAACUAAACCUGCUUGUCACUUCCUAAUUUUGAAAAUGAAUAAUGGCUCGAAUGAUGUGAGUCAUAUUUUUAUGAGAAAUAAAAUAUUUU